AUGCAUUCGCGUCGACCCGAGACCUUGAAGAUUGACAUCUCAAAGUAUAGGGGGGUCGAAGAAGACUCCCUCUUGAGAUGGUUCGUCGAAUUGGAUGACGCCAUAAGGGCGAGUCGCAUCGACGACGGGGAUAUGCAAGUUGCAUUUGCCCAGUCAAAUCUGGCAGGACGUGCCAAGACUUGGGCACUGGGGCUCAAGUUGCACGACCCAUAUGCGUUUGAGUCGUUAGAAGUCUUCAAGUCGCGGCUCAGACAAAUGUUUGAACCGCCUAGAGCUGAGUUCAGAGCUCGAACUGAACUCUUGAAGCUCAAACAAGGUAUGCGUGAUGUGCACGCUUACGCGCAACAUAUACGACAUCUCACGAGUUGUAUAAGUUCCAAUCCGGUGGAUGAACACACAGUGGUUUCGGUGUUCAUGCAGGGUCUUGCGGAUGGUCCCGUCAAGACUCACCUGUUCCGGCUUGAACUAGAUUCACUAGAACAAACCAUUUCCAUUGCGGAACAGGAAGACUUCAGUCUGAGACAGGCUCGUGCCAGCUCGACAUCAUAUCGUCAACCGAGACGAUAUGACAACGGAGGUCCAGAGCCGAUGGAACUCUGUUAUGUAGAGAGCGAGAAGACUCGCUCUACAGACUACAAGAAGUUGCAGAAAUGCAACCGAUGUCAAAAGACAGGACACUACGCUUACGAGUGUAGUGCCCCUCGUCCGGUGUCUCCCAACAAUGGGCGUAGUGACCGUCCACCCAUGGGAAAGGGGCAGGGACGAGGGUCCGCUGUUGGUGCAAAGACGCAACAACGGGAUGGACCGUCAAAAAACGGACAGGAUCAGUAG